UCUCUAAUCAGAGCUUUGGGAAAGCUCUUCUUUCCCUAAUCCUCUCUCUCCCUCCCGAUCCUUGCUCCCUCUCUCUCAUUCUCCUCCCUCUCUCCCUCCAAUGCAUCAGCCGUGAACGCCCUCUUCUCUCUCUCGAUGGGUACCUUUCAGAAUGGUGGCCAAGCUCAUCGAUGGGUACCUUUCAGAAGUUGCGCCAGAUGUUCAUCUGAAGUUGCUGAAGUUCCGAUCACUGGCUGGGGUCGUUCCUGACGAUGCUAGACUGUUGGAUGAUGGCCUUUAUCGUGCGAUUGACAUAUACUUGAAGGCCCACCUAUGGCGGGAAAGCAGAUCCAUGCCCACCACAUUCUCGUGUCAGUCAUUCUUGACAACUUCCUCACCUCAAAACUUGUCUCUAUUUGCUCCAAAUUUGGCCAUAUCUAUCACGCUCGAAAGGUGUUCGAUGAAAUUCUCCAUAAAAAUAUCUUCUCUUUCAACACCAUGCUCAUUGCCUAUUCUUCACACAACCAUCACUCUGAAUCCCUUAGGCUCUUCUUGUCUCUGACAUCAUUCAAACUCGCCCUUAAAUUUGACAAUUUCACCAUCUCCUCCCUCUUGAAAGCUCGUCGUCGAUGCCGCUUCCGCAUCCGAUGUUGGGUAAGGUGAUUUAUGCUUUUGUACUUUGGCAUGGCUCUAAUUAUGAUCUAUUUGUUGCCAUUGUGCUGGUUACAUUUUACGCCAAGUCCGAUGAUUUGGACUUGGCUAGAAAGGUAUUUGACGAAAUGCAUAGGAAAACUCACUACUAACCAGGAAAACUCAAGAUUGGCACGGCUUUAUGGCUGACUUUUUUGUAUUUUUGCUGUUUUGUGGCUGACAAAGCUCACGAUUAUGAGCAUAAUCAUAUCUAUAAAAAGAGAUAUCAAGUAGUGGGAAGAAUUGACAUAUGAUUACAGAUUCCUUUAUGGUCUUAAUAUGAUGUGCAUUCUGUUUCCAUUUUCUGUAGUAUUUAAGCUGGUUUCUUUUGUAUUUCACCUACAGAUUUUUUCGAUAGAUGAACAACUUGCUUGCUAUUACAGAUUCCCAAGAUGUCGUGGGGUUGUCAAUGACAUUGAAGCAAGGGAACCUGCCAUCUGACUAUACCUUUUGCUGAUAUUGUAGGAGAGUAAAUUAGAGAUGGUUUUGCAAGGCAGAUAAAUAAUCACUUUGGGAAUUGGGAAAAACAUGCAAGGCAGAUAAAUAAUCAUUUUUUGUUUUUUGGGUUUCUUCUUCUUUUUUGUAUUUUCAUUGUAAUGGGCCCCAAUUAACCCAAUCAUAUUUGAUGUGUGUUCUAUUAGGGCCCAUGUGGAUGAUUUUCCUAUUAUUCGUGUUUUAACUCCUUUUUUCCACUGACUUUUUUAAUCAAUUUUUUCUUAUCUUUUUUAUUUUUAUUGUAAACGAUACAUGAUUAGGUUGCUUGUGCUCAUGCUUGAAGGAGUAAGGAAACAAAAGUUGAUUUGGCCAUCUUUGGACAUUUUUGGGCAUUUUGUGCCUUUUUUUUAA